CUAUGUGACGUCACCACUGUCGACCAAUAGCGCGGGUGGGGAGGCGGGGUUUAGCACUCAGUUCUGUGCUCAAUGUGUGUUGAGCGUGUUAGUGAGAGGAGGAGGAGGAGGACGGCUCCGACGAAAGAGACAUUCCCCAGGAUUGUGGACUCUUUUUUUUUCCCUCCCGGGGGGAAGGUGAGCUCCGAACCGGGCGCGACAAAAGAUGGGCGUCUGUGACAAGAAGGUCUUCUUCAUCGUCGUUGCCAUGAAGACGCCUGGCGCCUGAACCUCCACGUCUCGUCUCGUCUCGUCUCGUCUCCUUCCUUCUUCCCAUGCGCGGCAAGCAUCAUCACCACCCGCCAACGCUGAGGUUGACGGCGCCCUGGGAGAAGGAUGCCGUCUUCGGGCGGAAGCUCAAUAAAACCGCGGUGCGCAACCCCAGCAAGAUGAUCGCGCAGCCCGGCAUCGUGAUGAAGGUGCUGCGCAGGAAGCGGAUGGUUCUGUUCCUGGCCUACUUCCUGCUGCUGGUGCUCACCAUGCUCAACCUGGCCAACUACAAGUGGACCCGGGAGCCCCAGCCCUGCGGGCACCUGCAGGCCAGGGGCCCCGGCCAGCGCUCGGACCCGCGCCUCCUCUUCUACCGGCCCUCGCUGGCCAGGAGGCGCCAGCUCAUCUACGUGCUCACCACCUGGAGGUCCGGCUCCUCCUUCUUCGGGGAGCUCUUCAACCAGAACCCGGAGGUCUUCUUCCUGUACGAGCCCAUGUGGCACAUCUGGCAGAAGCUGUACCCGGGCGACGCCGUGUCGCUGCAGGGGGCGGCGCGGGACAUGCUGAGCGCCUUGUACCGCUGCGACAUGUCCGUCUUCCAGCUCUACAACAGCCCCGGGGGAAAGAACUUCACCUCGCUGGGGCUCUUCGGCGCCACCCUCAACAAGGUGGUGUGCUCCUACCCCAUGUGCUCGGCCUACAGGAAGGAGGCGGUGGGCCUGGUGGACGACAAGGUGUGCAAGAAGUGCCCGCCUCUGAGCCUGCGCCUGCUGGAGGACCAGUGCCUGAAGUACGGCACGGUGGUCAUCAAGGGCGUGCGCAUCCUGGACGUCAACGUGCUGGCGCCGCUCAUGGAGGACCCCUCCCUGGACCUGAAGGUGAUCCACCUGGUGCGGGACCCCCGGGCGGUGGCCAACUCCCGCAUCAAGUCCAGGCACGGGCUCAUCCGGGAGAACCUGCAGGUGGUGCGCAGCCGAGACCCCAAGCUGCGCCGGAUCCCCUUCGUGGACCCGGGCCACAAGGCCAACAAGAAGGACGGCUCCGACUACCACUCCAUCGGCGCCAUGGAGGUGAUCUGCGACCGCGCCUCCAGGACUCUGAGGACCGCCUUGAACCCGCCCAACUGGCUGAAGGGGAAAUACCUGGCGGUGCGCUACGAGGACCUGGUGGAGAACCCGGUCAAGACCCUGCGCCGGGUCUACCGCUUCGCCAACCUGACCAGCAACCACGACAUGGAGUCCUUCGCCCUCAACAUGACCGGGGGCUCCGGCUCCUCCUCCAAGCCCUUCAUCGUCUCGUCCCGGAACGCCACCCAGGCGGCCAGCGCCUGGAGGACGGUGCUGAGCAUCCAGCAGAUCAAGCAGGUGGAGGACUACUGCCACCAGUCCAUGUCCGUGCUGGGCUACGAGCGGGUCCGGACCGCCGGCGAGGCCAAAGACCUCAGCAAGUCCCUGCUGACUCGCUCCAGACUGUGAGCGCCAUCUUGCCCGAGGAAUGUUUUCUACCAUCUUCUUCUCCCUGGACCGGGAGGAAGUGAUGUCAUCGUUUAAGGAAGACAAUCAAGUUUUGUUGUUGAUGUUUACAAGCUCUCACCAGUAAACACGCUCAGAGUCACCCUGCUUCUUGCUGUGUUCAUUUGGACUCACCCAGAGAGCGCUAAGUGACAUUAACGGCCGAGCUAAGUCCGCUUCAAUCCUUCUUGCGAGCGAGCGUCGGAGGCGGGAGUCCGCUGACCAAAUCACAGCAUCUUUUCAUACUUUCAUUUUCAAAACCAAUAAAAUAUAUAGAUUUUUUUUUAAA